AAAUGUCAAAUAUUUGACCAUGGUGAUUUCACUGGGGCCAUGAGAGUGACAGGUGAUAGCGGGACAUAAAAGCUGAGCGAGGCAUAAAAGCCUGUCGUACAGUUUUAUAAAGCCAGACUGAUCUCCUGGACUCACACUCAACCAAACCAGCGUUACACUUUUAAGAAGGAACUGCCAUGAACAUGCAGCACAACAACCAAACUAUGAGCAUAUUGUGUCUUUUGGCUUUGCUUUUCACAAUGCAUCAGGCAUCCAGUGCACCAACACUAACGUCUAAAGGUACAUCAGAUAUCGAGCAAUUAGACACUGUACUGCACCGUAAAGCUCGUAUGACUCCGCUGUGGAGAAUCUUGGCCAGUAAACCACAUGGUGCUUACUGUCAUGACCAUAUAGAGUGCUCUACAUUACUCUGCAGGAAUGGCUUUUGCUCUUUUGAUGAACCCGUUCAUUCCUAGUGGAUCUGGAGGUUAAAAGAAUUAUGUUGCUGGUGCCAUGUGAAACUACACACAGCCAACAACAACAACAACAAAAACAACAACAGCAACAACAACAACAAUAAUACAAACAGAGGUAUACAAAAUGAGAGCAAUACAGAUUUAUAAAUAUUAAUUAUUUUUAAUUGGAAUUAUGUUAGGACAGCAAAACGUGUGCACAUUUAAUUAAAUUACAAACUUAAGUAAAAAAAAAAAUCAAUAUGUAAUUUUAAAAUGUCCCAUUUAGAAUAUGUAAAUAUUAAUAUUUUUACUGUAAAAAUAUAUUAAUUGCAUUCAUGUAUUUAUUAAUUAAUUGUACAAAUAUAUUCACAGUAGUGUAACUCAGCUAUACAUUUAUAUCUUUUUGUAUAACUGUGCAGUACACAGUUAAAUUAUUGUAAAUAUAUUAUUAAUUAUACGUGUUAUAAUUACACAUACAAACUAUAUGUGUACUAAACUGUAUGUAUUUUUAACAAAAUGUAUUACUCAAAUGUUUAAUAUAGGCACAUGCUAUUUUUGUCAUUUCAUAAGCUGACAAAAACGUUACACUUGACACACUUUUUUUUAUCUUAUUGUAACUAUUUUGUUUUUUCUCCCCAUUUUAAUCUCGAACGUAUUGUACUGUUAUGCCAUUUUCCAUGUACAGAACCUGAAAUGCCUCUUAAAUCUUUAUUAGAAGUCUAAAGUGCUUUGUAGGUGUAGAGCACUUAAUACAAAUAAUGCAUUUUAUUAAGAGAAGUGAUGUAUUCAUACACUGUAUUUUUUUUAUUGCCAACACCCAUGAGAGAGUGAAUCAUUAUCACAAAAUUGUACUGUAAAAAAACAUAUGUCGUACUGUUCAAGGCCUUGAUAAAUGCAUUAUUAAAUUUAAAUUAUUACUGCAUUCGUUCAUGAUUUGCUCUUGAAUAAUUAUUAGGUUACCAGGAUCCUUAUUAUUGUAAAGUGUUACCUGGAUGUACAAUGUACAGGUGCUGUGUGCUGUGAAAAAAAAAAACAAAAACAACAAAAAACAUUCUCAAAUAAAAAUGGUGUAAAUGCUUAA